UCACAUCCAACGCUGGUUUAGCCCACCUGUUGCUCCUUUGGAGUGACAGAAGAAGCCGGUUAGGCCGCGUUUACUUAUUCAUUGCUUCCGCAGCUCUUGUUUUGUGGAUCGUUUUAUUUAAAAAUGGAAAUAUAAUAUUUGACUAUAGGCUAUGAGCUAUUCACUGUUCAGACAUUAUAAUCUUUUCAAAACAAGGUUGCAAUUUUAGAUCUAAUCCCAAUCCGCCAUGAGUGAAUCAUCUUUUCACUUUAAUUUGUGACUUGUUUAUGUAUCUUGAUCAAGUAACAGUCGUAUUAUUAAUGCAUUUGUUUAUAUAUUUUGAAUAUACACAUUUUUUUUGUUGACUUUGUUUGCUCGAUUGUGACGAUACGCUGUAUCGAUGAUUCCGGGUUUGAUUUUUCAGGUCUAGAUAAACCGCGGCUGGUUUGAGACAUGGGAAGUGGCUCGAAGGCGUUUCACUUGUUUACUUUUAACAGCGAGAACAAAUAGUUUCAAAUGCAAGAUUUUUAUGAGUUUUACCUAAAUAAUGGCUUCUGUAAUGGAGGAUCCAACCCUUGAAAGAAAUUUUAAAGGCCAUAAAGAUGUUGUGACCUGUGCUGACUUCAGUCCCAAUAAUAAACAGCUUGCUACUGGGUCCUUUGACAAGAACGUGAUGAUCUGGAACCUCACACCUAAAUCCAGAGCGUUCAGGUUUGUGGGGCACACAGACAUUAUAACAGGAGUUCAUUUUUCUCCGGGAGGUUCUUUAGUGGCAUCAUCAUCCAGAGAUCAAACAGUUCGCCUGUGGACACCUAACAUAAAAGGAGAGUCAACUGUGUUGAAAGCUCACACGGCGAGCGUUCGAAGCGUUCAUUUUUCUAGCGAUGGCCAACGGCUGGUCACUGCCUCGGACGAUAAGACUGUGAAAGUAUGGGGUGUUGAAAGAAGGAAAUUUCUCUAUUCUCUCAACCGACACACAAACUGGGUGCGCUGUGCGAGAUUUUCACCAGAUGGCCGUCUUAUUGCAUCCUGCGGUGAUGACAGGACUGUUCGCCUUUGGGAUACAGCUGCACGUCAAUGUAUAAACAUUUUCACAGAUUAUGGCGGGUCAGCAACUUUUGUGGAUUUUAAUGCCAGUGGCACCUGCAUAGCAUCAUCAGAUGCGGACAGCACAUUAAAAAUCUGGGAUAUUCGUACAAACAAGUUAAUACAGCAUUACAAAGUUCAUAGUGCCGGCAUCAACAAUUUUUCCUUCCACCCAUCGGGAAACUAUCUGAUCAGUGCUUCCAAUGACAGGACAGUAAAGAUCUUGGACCUGUUGGAAGGAAGACUCAUCUACACGCUUCACGGCCACAAGGGUCCAGUGUUGACUGUAGCAUUUUCUCGAGAGGGAGAUCACUUUGCUUCAGGAGGGGCUGACUCGCAGGUCCUGAUGUGGAAGACCAACUUUGAUUCACUGAACUACAGAGACUUGUUAAGCAGGCACAGCAAACGGGUCACUCCAGAUCCACCUCCACACCUGACGGACAUCUACCCUCGAUCAUCACACCAACACCAGGCUCAGAAUGGCACGAUAGAGAUUAAUCCCAUUGUUGCUGAUACACAGUCUGGUGAUCCUCGGGUAGUCGAAGUGGGACGAGUUCUUUUCUCCACUUUGGAUGUAAGAGACCAUGACACCGGGACAACCAGUUGCAGAGAUCAACGUAGCUCAGGUAUCGGUUUCGGUCCAGCUCGGACUCGGACGCAACACAGAGAGGAAGAGGACGGAGAAGAUGAAGAAAGUUUUGCACAUGGCACGAUGACCUCAUUAGAGAAGCGCUCUGGCAUCCCAUCUAACCUUACCAGCACUCUUGAGAACAUUGUACAGCAGCUAGACAUUUUGACCCAGACUGUUGCCGUCCUUGAAGAGCGCCUGACGUUAACCGAAGACAAACUGAGGAUGUGCCUGGACAACCAGGCCCUUCUUUUGCAGCAGAAUCACCAGGUCGACCAAUCAGAUGAGGAAAGAGAAACCGAGGAACCAUUUGUGUGAGCUUAAAGACAUCCAGCUGUGUCCUUCCAAAUGAGGACAUUGGACUUUAAAGAGACUUUUUUUGCAAAAAAAUAGGAGAGAACAGGAAAGAGGGAAGGACUGGAGGGGGAUUUGAGGGACCCCCAAAACAUUCCCAGUGAGGACAGCUGCAGCUAACACAAUUUCCUGAAUCUUGUUUAGACAGCAACAUGGAUGGCUAUGCUGAAGACAUAUCAGGAAAGAGACAGACUGUGUCUCUUUUUUUACACAAGCUCAUUUUUACAAUCUGUCCAAACUUGUUUGUUUGUUUCUGCAGCAUCACAUGCAUUAUGUGUAUAAAUAAAGUCCAUUAUGAACGCA